UCUUAUAGUGUCUCUCUCGCUCCGUUCAUUACUACGGUUUUCAGUAACUUUGCGCGUAUGAGAGACUUACGAUACGUUAGUGUGCCUAGACGGUGAAUAGUCGUGUUAUUUGGUGCACCAAGAAAAUACGAGGCGUCUGACGCGUGUGUCCACCGUUCGUAGAUAUAUAUAUAUAUAUUAAAAAAAAGGGGACCGCCCGUGGGCUUGUAUGUGAACGCGCCUCGAUUUUUCAUUUUUCUCCACGAUAUACCGUGCGGUUUUCAAUAUGUGUCAGUGAACGUUUAUCUGAAAUUUCGCCAACUUCGUCGCCAUACCAAAAAUGUCGAAACCCGGUGACAAGCAAUCCUACGCGCAGACAUAUAAACUGGUUGUUGUGGGUGGGGGUGGUGUCGGAAAAUCUGCGAUCACAAUACAAUUCAUUCAAAGUUAUUUUGUAACUGAUUAUGAUCCAACUAUCGAAGAUUCUUAUACCAAACAAUGUGUCAUUGAUGAUGUUCCUGCAAAACUUGACAUAUUGGACACAGCUGGUCAAGAAGAAUUUAGUGCAAUGCGUGAACAAUACAUGAGGAGUGGCGAAGGUUUCCUCCUGGUAUUUUCGGUAACGGAUCAUCCAUCGUUCGACGAAAUGUUAAAAUUCCAUAGGCAGAUUCUAAGAGUGAAAGACCGUGAUGAAUUUCCUAUGCUUAUGGUUGGUAACAAAGCGGACUUAGACCAUCAAAGAGUUGUGUCUGUCGAAGAGGCGCAGAAUAUGGCUCGCAUAUUAAAAAUUCCAUACAUCGAAUGUAGUGCAAAACUGAGAAUGAACGUUGAUCAAGCUUUUCACGAAUUAGUGAAAAUUGUCAGGAAGUUUCAAUUAUCAGAAAGACCACCGUUAAAACCGAAUUAUAAGAAAAAUAAAAAAAAAUGCUGCAUGGUGUAA